UUGAAAAACACGUCAAUAUAUAUUUCUUUAUUUUUAUUUAUAAAUCCGCGUUUUCAUUACGAAUAUCCAAAACCUCGACUUUCUACAAAAAUAUGUAAAACACUUGUUUCCUGUUCACUGAUGUAAAAGGAGAAAUGUUAAACAAUAUAUGACUCGAGGCAAAACAGAACAUUUCAUUUGUCAGAGAAUAAUAUCUAUAAUAUUUCUCACGAACAUUUCUCAGAAUCGUUAUGGAAUCCUAAUACCGUAACGUAUCCUGUAAUGCUCUCCGAUAAUACUUGCACAAUAUUUCUGGUUUUUCUUCUAGCUUUAUAUAUUCAGGUAUUAAAAAUAAUUCAGUUAUUAAGAUAGAUGGAUAGAUACGAAUGAAUUUUUCAAAAGUUUUAUAUUAUUUAAGAUAAUUCCAUGCGAUUUUUACUUUAAUGCAAUUCUUUUAAUUACAUUAGUCUUCAAAUAGAAUAACAUCUGUCGUCGAGCUAUUCGAAUCUAAUUUCAUAAAUAAUUAAAUUAGAGCUUUUUCUUGUCGUCAUUUUGUCGCCACUUGCCUCUCUGUUCCGUGGCUGAAUGAAACACUAGCAUAAACACUAGCAACAAUUUUUUAAGUGAAUGCACAAUGACAACACGCGCUUGCGGUUUCGUUGUAUUUCGACGUGUUCAAGGAAUAAUCGAAUAUCUUCUAAUGCAAGUAUCUUACGGCACGCAUCAUUGGACCCCACCGAAAGGUCAUGUCGAUCCUGGUGAGUCAGACAUGGAAGCCGCGCUACGUGAAACAGAAGAAGAAGCGGGCUUAUUGGUUAAUGAUUUAAAUAUUUUCGAAAACGUGAAGGAAGAACAAAAUUACAAAGCAAAUGGAAAACCGAAAGUUGUCAUUUAUUGGUUAGCAGAAUUAUUAGAUCCUAAGAAACCGAUUCGAUUGUCACACGAACAUCAAGCAUUUAAAUGGCUUCCACUGGAAGAAGCUUGUUCCGUAGCAAAGUAUGAAGAAAUGCAAAAUACAUUGAGAAAUUUUAACGAUUAUAUAUUAAAAAAUCUCUCUUAAAUAGUAAUAUAGAGUUUCUACAAAUCCUGA